CUGCAGGGAGGAUUUCUUUACCUCCUGGCCUGGAUGUGGCACACAAGCCCAGCUCCCAUAAUAAGGGUACUCCAAUAGAAAAUAUCCGAGACACAGCAGACAAGAAAUCCCUGAAACAAUCUAAAGCCAUGUGGGAAAUGCUGAAGGAAAUGCUGCGGGGAAAACAAGAAAUGAAAGGACAGGCUGUGCAGGAGGAGCAGUUUCCCAGAGGAAGCAAAGGAGCAGUGCCGGAAUCCAUUAAUGGAAGGGAGGUGAUGCCAGGCACAGUCACAGGAGAUGACUCUCCUAGGAAGAAUUCUCCAUUAGCUUGGCUGCAUAGAGAUUUGAAGCCCUUGGAGCCUCCUGCAGGUGUGUCUGCAGGGAGGAUUUCUCAAUCUUCUGGCCUGGAUGCUGCACACAAGGCCAGCCCCCAUUUCAGGGUUGCUUUGAAAGGAAAUAUCAGAGACACAGGUGACAAAAACUCAAUGGAAACAUCUGAAGUCAUUCAGCAAAUGCUGAAGGAAAUGCAGCAGGGAGGACAAGGAAUGAAAGGAGAGGCUGUACAGAAACAAGAAGCAUUUCCUAUAGGAAGCAGUGGCUCUGUGCCAGUCUCUGCUGCAGGAAGGGAGGCCAUGCCAGGCACAGUCACAGGAGAUGACGCUCGUAGGAAGAUUUCUCCAUUACCUUGGCUGAAUAAAGAUUUGAAGCCCUUCGAUUCUUCUGCAGGUGUGUCUGCAAGGAACAAUUUUCCAGCUCGUUUGCUGAUUGCUACACGGAAGCCCAGCUCCCAUCACAGGGGUUCGCCGAGAGGGAAGAAUAAAGACGUGGGAGAGAAGGAAUCACUUGAAUCAAAUGACAUCCUGGAAGACACUGUGAAGGAACUGCAGAAAGGGCGUGGAAUGAAAGGAGAGGCUGUACAGAAACAAGAAGCAUUUCCUAUAGGAAGCAGUGGCUCUGUGCCAGUCUCUGCUGCAGGAAGGGAGGCCAUGCCAGGCACAGUCACAGGAGACAUGGCUCCUGGAAAGGUUUCGACAUUACCUUGGCUGAAUAAAGAUUUAAAGCCCUUCGAUUCUUCUGCAGGUGUAUCUGCAGGGAACACUUUUCCAGCUUCUUUGCUGAUUGCUACACGGAAGCCCAGCUCCCAUCACAUGGGUACGCAAAGAGGGAAGAAUAAAGACAUGGCAGAGAAGGAAUCACUUGAGGCAAAGGACUUCCUGGAACAAAGUAUGGUGAAACUGCAGAAAGGACGUGAGAUGGACAUGGAGGUUCUGUGGAAGGCAGUAUUUCCCCAUGGGAGCAGUCGCUCAUUGGCAGCCCCUGCUUCAAGAGGAAAGGCGAUGCCAGGCACGGGCACAGGCACAGGCACAGGAGAUGGGAUUGCUGGGAAGGUUUCUCCUUUAGCCUGGUGGUAUGAAGUUUUGAAGCCCUUGGAGCCUCCAGCAGGUGUGCCUGCAGGGAGAAUUUCUCCAACUCCUGUCCUGGAUGCUGCACACAAACCCAGUUCCCAUCCUAGGGGUCCUCCCACAGAAAAGACCAAACACACGACAGACAAGAAAUUCCUGAAGCCAUUUGAAGUCAUGAGGCAAAUGCUGAAGGGAAUGCUGCAGGAAAGACAAGAAGUGGAUGGAGAGGAUGUGCUGAAGGCUGCAUUUCCUGGAGGAAGCAGUGUCUCCAUUGCAGGAAAGGAGCCAAUGCCAGGCACAGUCACAGGAGAUUGGGAUCGCGACUUGGAUUAUCUGGAAGCCCUGGUGGAAUACGGCAUGAAAUUCUUGAAGGAUGCUGAAGAUGAACCUAUUGGGGAAGGUGAUCUGGGUUCCCAACCCACAUCCAGGGAAGAGCCCCUGGGAGCUGGUGAGGGUGUGUCUGCAGGGAGGAUUUCUUCACCUCCUGGUCUGAAUGUGGCACACAAGACCAGCUCCGAUAAUAACAGAAAGACCCAAGAAAAUGGAGCCAAAAUAUCUGUUGACUCCGAUGAAUUCCUGAGACAAACACAGAAGAAAGUGCAGGGUGGACAAGUGGUGAAGCAAAAGUCUGUGCAGAAGGAAGCACAUCCCAAUGGAAGCAGUGGCUCGGUGCCAGCCUCUCCUGCAGGAGGGACAGCAAUGCCAGGCACGGGCACAGGCACAGGCACAGGCACAGGAGAUGCAGCCGGCACCUCAACAUGUGUUACUGAUUCCCAGGAGGGCAAUGGAAAGGGUUUCCUUCAAGACAAACUCACCUGGCUAGAGUUAAUAUCAGGCCUGCUUGUUUUGGAGUUUUUCUGCAUUGUUGCCUGCAUCGCAAUCUGGAAUUGCUGGAAGAGAAAACGUCACACCUCUGGACAGCAGAUGAAAGAUGGUGGCAACACCUCACACUCACAGCUUGAGCAGCUUGUCCAGCAGUAAUAAGGGCCUGGGCAAUCCUUCCAAGAGCUCUGAGGACUUCAAAACGACCAUCUGUGAGGACCCCUCCUAUUACCCUGUAGAUCCCAUUGCCAUCUCUUCUCCCCAUGGAUGUCCCUACGUGGUAUUCACUCAAUUUUUUAACUCCAUCUGCCCCAUCCCAGCCCAUUCCCAUGUUGUUCUAAAGACCCCAGCACCAGCCCAGCACCCUCCAGCCCCAGCUGAGAACAACACAGCCCUUCCUCUGCCCCUCAGCCCCCUGGCCCUGCCCUCUAAACAACACUGAACAUGAUCCCUCCCCCCCACUCCCACCUGGGUAGCCAAUGGCCCAUUGUUCUGUUCCAAUAAAGAGAGAGAGCUGUC